AUGCCGUCGUCGUGGUUAGAGGACGGGGAGCAGUUCCGUUACGACGAAAUGGGCAGUUCGACACUUUAUCAGCUGAACGAAGUACAGGUUCCCACGGACACGGACGGAGCUCAAGAACAUGGCGAGCAUGCUCUUUCAAGACCACCGGCUCCGCCGCUACAUCAGCAUCAGCAUCAGCAUCAGAGCACAAUCUACUCGGCGCAAGGGCUAUCAAGCCAUGGCAGCUUUGGCACGUACAAUCCCCACGACGCUUGGGGUUUUAAUACCCCGACAUCGAAUCAGCAACGCAUUCAGACAGCUGGGAUGGCUGCGGCCGCGGCCCAGUAUCCCGACGACAUCGACCGGUCGCGGUGGCACGAGGCCCAGCCGCCCAAAGACCUCAGCUACAGCCCGGCGUUUUCGGAUUCGCCCAUCAUCUCGAGCAUCGGACACCGCGGCGUGAGGCGGACCUCGGACCUCGAUUCGCUGUUUGAAGACAGCAGCGAUCUCGGAGACGAGGAGGAUCAGGUCUUGAUGAUGCAUGUCGCCGCGGGAGUAGUGCACGACAGUCCAGCGGAUGUCGGUGCCUUGCCUUCUGAUCAUAAUCAUCACGACGGCGAUAGUUUCGAGCAGCCUUCUCCUUGCGGACUCAGUCAGCAGUUGCAGGGCCAGUUGAACGUCUUGUCGUCGUCCGAGACGGGGGUGGAACUGGUGCAGCUUGUGCAUGGUCAGGGGCGAUGUGACAUGGACGAUCAGCUUCAAGAACGACGACCGUAUCCAGAAACCAGAUCUGGAAGCCUUCACAAUUGCCCCUGCGGCUGCGCCACUGCUGAAUGUGCCUGUCAUCCCGCGUACUGCGAAUGUUCGGGCUGCGACCACACCGAGCAGGCGAGGCAGUUGAAGAGCGAGGCGGAAAACAAAUGGGGUUUCGGAGGAGAAGCUGACAACCAAGGCUGCGGAGGCGGAGACUCACAGAAGAAGCCGUGUUCAUGUCUCCCGGGCCUGUGUCGUUGCGAGACAUGUGCCGAGCACACUGGUGAGAUGGUCCCGGAGCCUGUCAACCGUUGCGCCUGUGCGAUCAAGGGUCGAAAGAUCGAGUGCGAUGCCUCCAAAGAGCUGGAGCUGGGACAGCGACAAGAAGCGGAGUCUCAGCCGGUUGACGGGGGCGUACCAUCACAGACCCAAGCAUGGAAACAGGGAGAAUCCUUCGCUGGAGGUUCACAGACAGUGCCGGAAGUCCAUACGCCGCAGCCUUGCCGGUCAGAGAAUGAAACGGACCAAAGGGCAUUGCACGGAGAGGAAGCUGUCAAAGUGAUACGAACGCCGACUUUGGUAUCGCGCCAGGACCAUCGCCCGCUGCACCUCAAGCUGGCAGAGUUGAUUGAAAGCCCUAUACCCGUCUCGUCGUCGCCGCAGGGGAGUGCGGGAGUAUACAGUCGAAAGGGGUCCGUACCCCCAACGAUCCAACAGCCAACAACGCCAGCGUUCAGCCAGCGAAGCUCGAUGCCCCCGAGUCGUCCAGACACUCCGCGGCCUCCUGUCGAUUCCACGCCUUCGACACCAUACGCAGCAGAUGUGCUUCAGGACUACGUCCAACAGAGCAUCGAGCAGAGACUGCCACCACCAGCACCAGCACCAGAACAAGAUCAGAUCCGCCAGAGUGUCGAGCCCGAGCUCCCCCCACCAAACUGGGCACGCGAGUCGACACCCGCAUAUGUCGACCGCUCAUUGACGCCAUCUCCAUUGUCUAGACGGGACAACACAGAUGUCGAGAUGAAAGAUAUUUCCCCAACACUCUUGCCAGGAGACUUUGGACUAGAACUGUCGCUCCCGCCGCCAACCUCUGAACCUAGCGUGUCAGCGCCCACAAGACCAGCUCCUCCUCCCAUCCCCGACGGCGGAGUUGUUAUCAUCAAGCAACCCAAGCGAGGCGAGCGGCGCAAGUCGGCGGUGCACGGCGCGAAAGUCGAGAAGCGCUCGGCGACGGGCUCGCCGGCGAAACCGAAGAGUCGGAACGUGACCAGGAAGCCGACGGCGUCGGUGGGAAAGUUGGUGGAAAAGGCCAAAAGGAAGACGAGAGAAGCUGCCGCUGAAGCUGCAGAAGGAGGAGGAACGGGACCAGAACAGGUCCAAGGGGCUAGCCUGCGGCAUCCCUUGCUAUCGAACAAGAAGGCGGCAGAACACGGAGGUAAAGUCGCCGCGGCGGUGGAGAGGAUCGAACGACAUGUCAAACAGCAAGAUGAGGAGCAGAGUCUCACGCAGAAGGACGGGACGGCCGUGAGGAGGAGUCGGCGUGCGAAUAAGGGGGUUCGGACUUCGUUUGGAUAUACUUGA